AUGCCCUUGCCGGACCUGCAGAUAUGGAAAAGUGAUAUUAUUCUCCAAUUGCAGAAUGACACAGGCAAACCCAAAGCCCUUGGCAUUUUGGCUCUCCUUGCUUUUCUUUUCGCAUGGCUAGUAUCGAUCCGAUCGAAAAGAAACGAUCUUCUCAACGUCCCACUCCUUACCAAUGAAGACAAUGAUUUUGCCAAUAUCAUGGCUGAGGGAUAUCGGAAUGCAUGUCAACCAUUCUUGCUGACUAGGUACAAUGACCAAAUGCUUACAUGUCCACAGUUCCGAGACAAGCUCUUCAAGAUUCCCACCUCAAAUUACCCAAUGCUCAUCGUGCCAACGAGCAUGCUGGACGAGCUGAAAUCGUUUCCAGUAAAAGCAAUAAGCUUCCGACAAGAAAUGUACGAUCGCUACUUGGGCAAGUACACUGCCGUGGCUUCCAAUAGUGAUGGUAUGGUCGACUCGGUGAAGAACAACUUGACAAGAGGCUUGAGUCGGAUUCUGCCUCAUUUGAAAGAAGAAGCAGAAUACGCUGUGCAAGACUCUUUGGGUAAUACAGCAAGUUGGGAAAGAGUCAAUAUCUAUGGGGCUUCGACGAGGAUGAUCGCUCUGAUGUCAGGGAGGGUUUUUGUUGGACUACCGCUAUCCAGGAAUGAAGAUUGGGUGCGAAAUUCAAUCGGCAUUACUAUGAGUGCAUUUUCCGGUGCCACCCAACUCUAUAGAUAUCCAUCAUUCCUCUGGCCAAUCGUUCGCCAUUUCAUACCCCAGACUAUUGCCGUCAAAAAGCAUCGAAGGGAGACGGAAGAGAUGCUGGAGCCGCUAGUGAAUAACAGACUCCGUGACAUGGAGAAUCCAAAGUUCGUCAAGCCUGAGGAUAUGCUCCAGUGGUUGAUAGACAAUUCGAAAGGCCGCGGUAACGAUGUGCCGUUCCAAGCGAAUGAGCAUUUAGUCGUCAAUAUAGCUGCCAUCCACACAACUGGAGGCCAGCUUGCACAAACUCUCUUCGACCUCGCCCGAUUCCCACAAUAUAUCACACCUCUGCGUGAAGAAAUAGCCAAAGUCUUCGCUCAAAAUGACGCUGCUACCAAAAAGAGCCUCAAUAAGCUCAGUAAGCUCGACAGCUUUAUUAAAGAAGGACAAAGAAUGAAUCCAUCCUUGCAAGUCACUGUGAAUCGCAAAAUUCUCCAGCCUGUUACGCUUUCCAACGGGGUCACUCUUCCUAAAGGAACGUCGGUCGCUGCUUCAGCAGCUUGUGUGAACAAAGAUCCCGCCAUAUUUGAAAACCCAGAGGAAUUUGACGGAUUUCGUUAUCACAAUUUGAGGCAAAAAGAGGGCGAUGAGGCGAAAUAUCAGUUUGCGACUAUCGGCAGUGAUGCUUUGAGUUUCGGACAUGGUAGGCAUGCAUGCCCAGGCAGGUUCUUUGCCUCUGCUGAGAUCAAAGUCUUGCUGUGCUAUCUUCUCAUGAACUAUGACAUCAGGCAGCCUGAAGACAGCAAAGGGCCACUGUAUGUGCUUGCCGAGACUAUUGCGACGCCAGAUCCUACUCUAGAUCUUGAGUUCAAACGCAGAGAUUCUGCAAUAGCCCCUAAAUAUACUGAAUGA